ACUGUAACCGGCAAAUGCAUUUGUGAGGGCUAAUUAGAGAACAGAAAUAAUUCAACAUUAUAAAACACUGGUGAAUGCUUGACAGAAAAAAACUACUUUCAGCCUUUAGCGACUUUUAUUUGAUUUUAUUCCACCACGUCCUUUCCAUGUAAUAUUGUGGAACGAUUCAACCAGGUUCAACGUCAACGUUACCUCUGAACUCAACUUGCAAUAAUGGCAAGCUGCAUGAAUUGGCAUGGGAAACGAGCUACAAUGGAUUAACUGAGAGAAGGAGCAAGCCCGGAGGAUAGGGGCCCUCAUUCUACCAUGGCCUCAGAACUCCAUGAGACAAUAUUUAUGGCAAAGCAGGAACGCCACAAGAAUUUGUUUCUCAAUUACAGGAAUCUGAACAACUUUCCUGUGGAACUUUUGAAAGAUGAGGGACUGCAGUUUUUGGAAAGACUUUACAUGAAGAGGAAUUCCCUUACAAGUUUGCCUGACAAUCUUGCACAAAAGCUUCCAAAUUUGAUCGAACUGUAUUUGCACUCAAACAAUAUUGCCAUCAUUCCUGAAGCUAUUGGCAAUUUAGCCAAGCUACAGUCCCUGGAUCUGAGUGACAAUGCCCUGCAGGUUAUCUGUCCUGAGAUUGGUCGGCUGAGGUCUUUACGCCACUUGCGAUUGGCCAACAACCAGUUGAAGUUCCUUCCUCAGGAGAUCGGGGAGCUGCGUGAGCUGGAGACCCUGGACUUGUCCAUGAACCUGCUGAGCUCUCUGCCUGAGCGGCUCCACCAGUGCCUGUCCCUGCAGUGCCUGACGGCCGACCGCAACAACCUGCGCUGCUUCCCGCGCCAGCUGUGCCAGCUGCACAGCCUCAACGAGCUCUCCAUGGCCGCCAACUGCCUGGCCUCGCUGCCCCUCGAUCUCGGGCGCUCACGGGAGCUGCAGUUUGUCUUUGUGGACAACAACAUUCACCUGAAAGGCCUUCCAUCCUACCUGUACAACAAAGUCAUCGGCUGCAGCGGGUGUGGGUUGUCAGCACAGGUGUCUGAUGUGAAGCUGGUCACGCUGGCGCUGGGGGAGAUGACGGUGACCCUGCCGGCGGAGGUGAAGGCCAUCGGCUCGGAGCUGGAUCAGGUGGUGCCCCUGGAGGAGCUGGCCAUGAGGGCCCUGCACAGCAUGUACAACGGCCCCCCAAAAGGUGUGAAGAUCCUGCCUCCCAUCCUGUUGCCUAAGAGCCUGCUGGACCUCCUGCAGUGCCCGCUGGGACACUGUCACCGCUGCAGCCAGCCCAUGUUUACCAUCGUCUACCCCAAGCUCUUCCCCCUGCGCGAGACGGCCCUGGCGGGCGUCCACAGGAGAACCACAGUGAGUUUUGUGGCAUAUUGCUGCUCCAGUCAGUGUUUGAGGACAUUUGACCUGCAGGGAUGACAACCGUAGGUGCGGCGCCCUCUCUCUCUCUCUCUCCCUCUCUCCCUCCCUCCCUUCCUCCCUUCCUCCUGUUCUCCUCUAAAAGUGCACUGAAGGCUGCCUUCAUCCACAUGAAAGAAAAGGAGGAUUGUGUUUUUCGUCCCUCUCUCUCUACGGCUGCUACAGCUAAACGGACUAUAGAGAGUAGGUGCUGCACUUCUCUCAUCCCACGAACCACUUAUGAAGGAGAGAGCCCCAGCAAAUGGACAUGGGGCCAACAAUGGCGAUGAAUGUCUCCCACCCCACCCCCCCACCCCUUCCCUCCUCCAUAGCUCACAUGUCCCAUGUUUAGUAACAGUCAUCAGGCUCUGACAGGGUUUUAAUGCUUUUCAUUUAACCUGAUCAGAAAUGAGCGUGGAAUAAGCGGAACAUUCUGGAAUGUUGCAUUCAUCAUCAUCAUCAUCAUCAUCAUCAUCAUCAGUCGAUCCAGUAAUUUAGCAGUGUCAAGUCAUCGCCAGCAAAUACUACACAUCUGACUACAAGCGGAUGAAGAACUCUCCUUUCUCCUCGUCUGAGAGAGAAAGCAAAAAUCUACUUUCCUAGUUAUUUUCAAAUGUGUAUUUAUUAGCAUUAAUGUGUCAUGGUGGCAAAGAUAGCUCAAACAAAUAUAUUUUGGUCUACAAAAACAUAUCGAUUGUCAUAGUGAAAAAAAAGUAUUUUAAAAGGAAGCGUUUGGUCCCAAAUACUGUUUUGGAUAUUGGAGAAAAUUGCAUAAAGUGAGAUAUAUCUUAAUCAGUCACCACAAAAAAGUGCAUUUAUACAUUUGUUUUUUUUUAAAGAAAAUGCCUUUGGUGUUUCCAAGGUCGCACCAAGUGUAGAGAAACGAGGCUGCCAUCAGAUUGGAAGAGUUUUGGUGCUGAGUGACUGUGUUCAGUUUACUUGGGGAGUGGGCCCAAGGCUCACGUGCAUUAGAUUGUACACUAUCUAGUUUGUGUGCUUCCUCUGAUGUAUUCUGAAGUUUGCACUUGAAUGAAACUCCCAGCUGGCUUUGUGAGAUGCGAUCCAAAAUUGUGAGCUAUACGCACACACACACACACACAGAAAGAAACUCAGUGUUGGCCUGAUAAUUAAGGCUCUUUCAGUGACUGCGUUGUCAAGCCCCUUGAAUGAAGGCCAAAAUGAACAGAUUGUGAAGUUCGGAAAACCUGUGAAACAAACGUACAGGCUCAAACAUUGACUGGAAGAAUUGUGAGUGUGGAUCAUAUGAAGACAUUUACUGCUUGAAUCUCAACACACUGUCUGAAAAGGUGAAACGGAUCAUUACAUCUCUUUACACGGCUCACACGGUGGCUGUUACAACCUACUAGAUGAUUAUAACUAAUGUCUCAUUUGCCAACAAUAAAGGGGGUUUAUUUCAUAGUUUGGUCACCAAGCAUUUCGUUCAAUAAGAUGAAGGAAGGUGGCAUACAUAGUGGAAUUAAGGGGUUUUUAAGCGGUCCUUCAUUUUAACUGAUUUUUGUACAUUGUGUUUACUCUCUGUAAGAAAAUCUAAUUUAUGAAUAAUUGCUUUUGUUUGAAUGUCUGACAUUUGGCAAUAAUCAUUCUAAAUGUU